CUCAUGUGGAUGAACUGAACGGACCGCAGCGCUUCCGGGCUGUACCAUCUCAUGCUUCGCUGGGCGGGACUGUACCACUUCGCGUCUGGGCAUGGAGGGGCUGUAGCAUUGUCUGUGGGUUGGGAGGCUCCUACUACCGCUUCCUGGUUCUGGGUGGGCCGUUCCACUUCAUGUCGGGACGGGGGGAAGAAGGGGAAGGUGCCAACCCCGCAGGAGGCCAUCCAGCGGCUGCGGGAGACGGAGGAGCUGCUGCUCAAGAAGCAGGAGUUCCUGGAGACCAAGAUCCAGCAAGAGCUGGUGACCGCUCGCAAGCAUGGCACCAAGAACAAGAGGGCGGCGCUGCAGGCGCUGAAGCGCAAGAAGCGGUACGAGGGGAAGUUGGCGCAGCUGGAUGGGACCCUGUCAACCAUUGAGUUCCAGCGGGAGGCGCUGGAGAACGCCACUACCAACACUGAGGUGCUCAAGACUAUGUCGGACGCUGCCCGCGCCAUGAAGCAGGCCCACCAGAACAUGGACAUUGACAAGGUGGACGACCUGAUGUCCGAUAUCACGGAGCAGCAGGACAUUGCCCAGCAGAUCUCAGAUGCCAUCUCCAAGCCUGUGGGCUUUGGUGACGACGUGGAUGAGGAUGAACUACUGGCUGAGCUGGAGGAACUGGAGCAGGAAGACCUGGACAAGGAGCUGCUGAACGUGGGGGAGCCGGAGCUACCGGCUGUCCCAAGCGCCCACCUACCGGCUGUACCAGCCACCAAGGCCACAGCCACAGACGAAGAGAAGGAACUAGAGCAACUGGCUGCCUCGCUUUCCUGAUGCAUGCUGGGAAACCACCCCCUCCUGGGCUAUUCCCAGCACCCCCGCCCUCCCCAGAAGUGGACACAGCCCUGUGCACCUACACAGAGCUUUACAGAUUUCUGUGGGCCAGAGACUAACUCUAAGUGGGGCCAGGGUUCCCCCCUCCCCCAGAUCCCUGGGUUCCCCCCACACAAAUCCCCCUAGCUGUGGGGCUGGACUGGGCUGCAAGGGCUGGGGUCCCCUGUUGCCCAUACUUGUGGAGGGGGGUAGGGGUCUGGACCUCAGGCCUAUGAUUCCCUAGGACUGAUUCCUUGGGGGGUGAGGGGCCCCCCUACACCCACUCCUGGGAAACGCCGGCAGGACGCAGGCUGGAGGGCUGCGUCCCCAGAACACUACAGGUGCCUUUGUGGGGGGGGCACGAUGAGGGGCCAUACUGCUUGUUGGGGGCUGCUCUUAGCCCCCUCAUCUACUCAGGGGCCUUGUAUUGCAGGUUAACCCUUUCCUUGCUGCCUUUAAAUAGGGGCUUCCUCUGCACCCCUCUCGGUGCUGAUUGUGGGGGGGAGGCAGGGCGGAGGCGUUGUUGGGGGAGCUUUGUUUCCUGGGUGGGUUUAUUGGGGUUCAGGCUGGGGGAGAUUCCAAAGCUCCCCCCCCGCCGGCUGAAUAAACUCGGUGAGGAUCUCUGUG